UUAAUCCACUCCCCACCCCGAUCCGCAUCCUCCACAUCUAUAAGACCUGUAGGAGCUGAAAAGAUUGUGGCUGAUUUGGAUUCCAAAGGAUUUCAGUUUCCCAAACCUGAGGUGAUCUGCCUGCUGGAGCAGUGGGAAGAACCGUGGAUCCUGGAUUUACCAAGAGCUGGGACUAGGAAGGCUUCCAGUAGUGCUUGCCCAGGUUCUGAAGCCAGAUGCAAGAUGAAAAAGCCAACUCCAAAGCAGAAAAUUGCUGAAGAUUUAGAAUCCUGUAAGAUGUCAGUGGUGAAGCAGACAACAGCCAAGAGACCUGCAGAAAAGUUACAUGAAUGUAAUGAAUUGCUGGACAUUUACAGACUUGCAUUCCCUACUCCUGGCGAUGAAUGCCACAAGGACUUCCUUCAAAGCCUUCACCUUAUUCAAGAUCAGAAUGCUCAAACAAGGAAGAAGCAGGGCCAAUGUGAGGAGUAUGGAAAACCUUUCAGUCAGAGAUCAUUGCUUUUGCGGCAUAAGCAACUUCUUACAAACGCAAAAUCUUAUGAAUGCAGUGAAUGUGGAAGACUCUUCAGGCGUCAGGCAAAUUUCCUUCGACAUCAAAGAAUUCAUACAUCAGAGGAUCCCUUUGAAUGUGACAUAUGUGGGCAAGCCUUCAAACAGAAGUCUACUCUUAUGGUCCAUAAACAGUGUCACCCUCAAAAAAAGCCAUAUAAAUGUCAUGACUGUGGGAAAUUUUUCCGUCAGAUGGCAUAUCUUAUUGAACAUAAGAGGAUCCAUACCAAAGAAAAACCCUACAAAUGUAGUGAGUGUGAAAGGACGUUUAGUCAGAAUUCAACCCUUAUUCGACAUCAGUUAAUCCACAGUGGAGAAAAACCCCAUAAAUGUCCCGAAUGUGGAAAGGCCUUUGGUCGGCAUUCGACCCUUCUGAGCCAUCAGCAGAUUCAUACCAAACAGAACACUCACAAAUGCGGUGAAUGUGGAGCGUCCUUUAGCCGGAGUGUGGACCUCAUUCAGCAUCAAAGAACCCAUACCAAGGAGGAAUUCUUUGAAUGUAGAGAAUGUGGAAAAACUUUCAGUUUUAAGGCAAAUCUUCAUCGCCAUGAGGUCAUUCAUACCGGAGAGAGACCCUACAGAUGUGACAAAUGCGGAAAAUCUUUCAUCUGGCGCACAAGCUUUAUUAAGCAUCAGGGUACUCACAGAGAACAGAUACCAACGUGAAACUCACUGGAAAAAUACCAUUUAAAGACCAGAACUUACCACUCUUGUCAUUAUGUGUAACUUUAUUGUUUUACGAAAAUUAAUAAACAGGAACUGAAAUGA